AUGAAAGUCAUUAAUGUGAAAAAAGAUUCCUUCAACAAGGAAGGAGCAGUAAUUACACUGUUACCGGAAGAUAAGGAAGACUUGUUUACAAUUUAUCAAAUUAUAGAUAAAGAUGACGAGCUGAUAUUUAAGAAAAAAUUUACCUCUAAACUUGAUGAAGCUGGUAAAAAGAAAAGCACGGAUUUGGUUAAAUUAAAGAUCAAAGUAAUAUCUAAUGACUUUGAUAUGAAAGAUGAAUAUUUGAGAUACAAAGGUGUUACUAUUGCCGAUGAAACUGGUACUAGUAACGUAGAUAUACCUGUUGGUAAAUAUCUAAGCUUUACCCUAGAUUUCGCAUAUCCUUUCACUAUCAUAAAACAAAACUUUAAUAAGUUUAUGCAAAAACUUCUAAAUGAGGCCUGUAAUGUUGAAUAUAAAUCAGACACAGCAGCGGUAGUUUUACAAGAAGGAAUUGCGCAUGUUUGUUUAGUAACAUCCUCCUCAACUAUAUUGAAGCAAAAAAUUGAGUACAGCAUGCCAAAAAAGAAAAGAACCACUGAUGUAUUGAAAUUUGACGAAAAAACCGAAAAAUUUUAUAAAGCUAUUUACAAUGCAAUGAAGAAAGAUCUUAAUCUUGACAAAUUAAAAACGGUCAUUCUUUGUUCUCCUGGUUUCUAUGCCAAGAUACUCAUGGACAAAAUUUUUCAGUAUGCCGAGGAGGAACAUAAUAAGAAAAUACUUGACAACAAAGGAAUGUUUUUUAUUGCACAUUGUUCUACAGGUUAUUUACAGGGUAUCAAUGAAGUUUUGAAAAAUCCAUUAUAUGCUUCAAAGCUGCAAGAUACUAAAUACUCAAAAGAAAUCAUGGUAAUGGAUGAGUUUUUAUUACACUUAAAUAAGGAUGAUAACAAAGCAUGGUAUGGUGAAAACGAAAUUGUUAAGGCCGCCGAAUAUGGAGCAAUUAAUUAUUUAUUAUUGACAGAUAAAGUUUUGCACUCGGAUGAUAUUGCACAAAGAGAAAAGUAUCUAAAACUAAUGGACUCUGUCGAGAGUAAUGGUGGGAAAGCAAUGGUAUUCAGUACGUUGCACUCUCUGGGAGAAGAGCUUGACCAGCUAACAGGUAUAGCCUGUAUCCUCAAGUAUCCCCUUCCAGAUCUUGACGAAGACAAUGAUGGGGAAUGA